UUUGAACAGAUGCUGGUAGGAGAUUAUUUGCAUCUAGCUAUCACUGUAAUGCUUGUACAAAUUAACCAAUAGGAUUGCAAAUAUUAGUCUGGCGCGGUUUCCAACUAUCGACAGGCUGUUAUUUUUGGCAUGAUUGCAGUUGCAUGUAAUUCCAAAUCAGUUCGUAUUGUAAAUCUACCCGAGUGUAAAUUACAUGAUACAAGUAGUCCAUGUACUUACGAUGAAUAUGAUUUACCUAAUGACGAUUUGAGUAUUCAACCUAUAAAGAGCUCGCAAAGCAUUCAUUCAUCCCCGUUACUGAAAAAUAUUUUUCCUUUAAACUUGUUAGAAUUUCAUUAUUUGUACGAUGCUUCUGUGGAUCAAGUUUUUGCUGCUUAUCUAGUUCGCUAUCUCAGGCGCCUCAAAAGCUUACCGGCUGUAUUCCUUCCAUGUCGGGAUCAACGAGCAUUAUGUGAUAACCCUAUGUGGAAAGUCGUUAGUGGUCGUCUGGUUAAAUCUAUUGUAAUUGAAGAAUCUAUGGCAUGGCUCUCAACACUCGGUGGUGGGUAUUCUUCACUCGGAGAUCAAAGUGAUUAUGCGGCGAGUUUGGCUGGGACAGUUUCACUUUUUCAAAUGAGCCUUGCAUUAGAAAUUAACUCGCCUAUGCUCCUAGCAAAGUCUCAACUCUGGUUUGCUCAAAGUUUAAUGCAGAGGGGAUUCCUAAAACAUUCAGCUAAGAUAUUAAGACGAAUAUUUAUAAUGUGGAGACCUCUUAUGAGACCUGAUUUUUCAUCUGAUAUGCGCAUAGAUUAUAUGGCCCUUGGUUUAUGGGCACGUUUACGUCACUUAUGGAAAACAAAACAUAAAAUGAAGUCAAAUAUACCCAUUCCGUUGUCAGUGGAUAGUAAUUUACUUUUACUGUAUCCACAUGUUAAUGCGUUAGUCAAUCGGCUUAAAAUAUAAAGAUUUGUAUACUUUUCAGAAUAUGUAUAUUUAACUACUUAUUCUACUUUCAGAUGUUUGCCUUUUUCACAGUCCUGACAAAUACUAUUCAUGAUUUAUGUUAGUAGCGUUUUUUUUUUAUUUUAUUGCUUCUGUCACUUGUUAAAUUAUCUUGUGUACAUCAAUUUAUUUUUCGAGGUUUUUAUGUGGCCUUAUCACUACGAAUUAUACUCAAUAAUGGUUUUAUAAUUAUAAGUAAUGGGUUGAGUUAUAAUCCGUGUUUCUACUAGAUACUGAUGUUGAAACUUGAAUUGUUCAUCACAAAGUCAUGGAGAAAUCUAAACUAAUUUGUCGAUUAUUACUUUACUCUUUGUUUACUAAAGUGUAUAAAAUUAACUGACUUAUUAUAAGAUACACUUUUUUCAUACCAAC